UGUAGUAGGCUUCAAACCAACAGCUAAUCCUUAGGUCGCUGGUUCGAAUCCGGCAGUGAGUGAAGUCGAUCCUUCUCUUUAACGCUGUUUUGAUUUAAACCAGCUUUAUCGAUGGCAAGCUCAUCGAAGUCGUAUAUAACCUGCGUACGAAACACUCUAGAGGCUACCUUGUGUCUGCAGGUAUGCAACAGCAGAGAUAGAAAAUAACUUUCCUUGCCAAGAAGUUGAAAGGCAUAACAAACCGGAAGUUGAAAUGAAAAGCAGCCCAGAACUUCUGCUGAAGCCUGUAAGAACAAAUCUUUGGUACUUUGCAUAUACAUAUCCAAGUUUCUUUAUUUGGACCGAGCUCUCUCUCCAUUCUCCAUUUUUGUGGCUUCAGUCUUCAUUUCUCAAGCAAAUGGGAACACACGACCCACAAUCGCAUCUUCAUUCUACUCAUACAAGCACACCAUAUAAGUGGGACCCACUAAAAGAGUUGCAAGAGGAUCCUAUAUGAUGGCAAAUGUGAAUGUCAAUAAGUUUGUCCUUACUGGAGCUGAGGCAAUGGUGUUGCUUUCCUCUCGAAUAAUAUGUUCAUCCCCUCGGAGCUACCACUUCAUGAGACUCAUAUGGCAAUUUCUAAGCAAGAAUCAUCAAAAUAUGUAUGAAUUUAGGGUAGAAAACUUAUUUCCGUUUGUGAUAAGAGAAGAUACUCCUUAUGAUGACAAGUGAAAUCUUCUUGAAACCAAAGGAAUGAAGUUCUAAGAACACCAAUUAACAAGACUGAUACUAAAAUAUAGCAUGCUAGCAUCAGUUAGGAUGAUAUAUCACCUGUUUAAGACAGUUUUCCAGAUAUGCCCUGCUGGUAUGUCUUCUACUCAGGCAACAAACUUUUGUUCAUGGAUUUUAAGAAACACACAAUAUAUCCUCUUUUCUCCAUUGUAUGUGCAAGACACCUUAACAAUUGGAUGAUCCGAUGGUUGGAUUGGUAGUGUUUGCUCAUCCAGUUGAUUAUUUCUAUUUUCAUGUGUUUAUCUUCAGACUGCCAUUUCAGGUUUUGAUUUGUCGAAAUGAGGCUGAAAAAUGCUUGAUAGAAGCAUCUAUUAAUUCAGUUCGCAUGAGCAUCAAGUUAAAGCAGGCAGAUGAGCUUGAAAACAUUCUAACAAAAAAGUUUCUGAGAUUUCUGACGAUGAGGGCCGAAGCCUUUCAAGUAUUACGGAGAAAGCCUGUACAGGGCUAUGAUGUUAGUUUUCUUAUAACUAGUUACCACUGUGAAGAGAUGCAAAAGCAGAAGCUUAUUGAUUUCAUUUUGCAAUUCAUGGAGGAUAUUGAUAAAGAGAUGACUGAACUGAAGUUGACCAUGAACAUGAGAGGAAGGUUAGUGGCUACGGAAUUUCUGAAGCAAUUCAUCUGACGGUUUGGCCUCUGCAAGCAGGUCAUAUUUUUUAUUAACUUCACGAUUGAUUGACCUUUUUCUUACUUACUGUCAUCAUGUCGCAUAGGGUAUAAAUCGUGCAGCUCUUAUGCCAGAUUUUACGACAAUUAGGAAAUAAGAUGGACAUACCUUUUUUCAUUACUUUCUUAUUAGUAAUAAUAUGGCUAUUCUUUCUUUCGGAUAGUAAAUUGCAUAUAUGAUGAUAGGUCCUUUAGAGUUCCUCUUGGGUCAAAUUUGAUCUAUAAUUGUGUUACAGUCCGACGAUAGCUAGACUUGGACCAAUUCUACUCGAUAUAUGUUGAAACCUCCGUUCUCACCUGGGCUCUUUUAGAAUGUAAAUCUGGGGGUUGCACAGAUAUUCACACAUGGUGUGGUCUACAAAUCUAGGACUCGACACUCUGGUACAAUCUAUACUCGUCUAUCCCCGGCCAGCACUCCUGGACAAUCUGUGCCAGUCUAGCCUCUUGGGCUCUUUUGGAAAGUAAAUCUGAGGUGUCUAACCCUCAGAUUUAUGGUCCGAACCGAUCCGAUCUGACCCGUGCUCACCCCUAGUUAGACAUAUAUUCGGUGUUCACGCAUGGUUAUGGUAUACAACACUAGCGACUCGACACUCUGGUAGAAUCUGUAUCCAUCUAGCCCCUAGGGACAAUCUAUGUCCGUCUAUCCCAGCAGGGACAAUCUAUGUCCGUCAAGCCUCUGUUGGAUGGGGGUGUGAGAGCCCGGUAUUGGCUAGACUCUGGACUGUAUGUUGGAAGAUAUAUUAAACUUUUUGAAUAGUAAAUCUAGGCGUUCCACCUAUUCAAACAAAUAGGAUGAUCUUGACCACUACUACCCACCUGA